GAAUUCUUACAGAAAUCAGAAUGAAUAUGGCCUGGAGCAAUCAGUCCAUGGUGACAGAAUUCAUUCUUCGAGGUUUGUCUGGGUCUUCAGAGCUCCAGAUGUUCUACUUCCUGUUUUUCUCUGUAGUCUAUGCAGCCACUGUGCUGGGGAACCUCCUCAUUGUGCUGACAAUUGUAUUAGAGCCCCGUCUUCACUCCCCCAUGUACUUCCUGCUGGGCAAUCUCUCCUUCAUUGACAUGUCCCUGGCCUCAUUUGCCACCCCCAAAAUGAUUGCAGACUUCCUCAGUGAGCACAAAGUCAUCUCUUUUGAAGGCUGCAUAACGCAGAUAUUCUUUCUACACCUCUUAGGAGGUGCUGAGAUUGUCCUGCUGAUAUCCAUGUCCUUUGAUAGGUACGUGGCUAUAUGUAAGCCUCUGCGUUACUUGGUCAUCAUGAGCCGGAGAAUGUGCAUUGGGCUUGUGAUACUUUCCUGGAUUGUGGGCAUCUUCCAUGCUCUGAGUCAGUUAGCGUUUACUGUGAAUCUGCCCUUCUGUGGACCCAAUGAAGUAGACAGCUUCUUUUGUGACCUCCCUUUGGUAAUUAAACUCGCCUGCGUAGACACAUACAUUCUGGGGGUGUUCAUGAUCUCUACCAGCGGCAUGAUUGCCCUGGUGUGCUUCAUCCUGUUGGUGAUCUCCUACACCAUUAUUCUGGUCACCGUUCGGCAGCGUUCCUCUGGCGGGUCCUCUAAAGCCCUGUCCACUUGCAGUGCCCACUUUACUGUUGUAACCCUUUUCUUUGGCCCAUGCAUUUUCAUCUAUGUGUGGCCUUUCACAAAUUUCCCAAUAGACAAAGUACUCUCAGUGUUUUAUACUAUAUUCACUCCCCUCUUGAAUCCAGUGAUCUAUACUCUUAGAAAUAAAGAUGUCAAGCAGUCCAUGAGGAAACUAAGCAGCCAUGUCUUCAAGUCUAGGAAAACUGAUCAGAUCCCUUAA